AUGGAAUCUACAAAUAUUAACAACAACGACAACAGCAUUAGUAGCAAUGAAGUAUUAUCUAAAGAAUCUGUAAAUAUUAUUAUACCUAAUUCAAUAAAUAAAUCACCUUCGUCAUCACUACCAAUUAUUAUUAAUGAUCCAAAAAAUUGGCCAAAAAAAAAGAAACUUCAUGUUUUAUUAAUUAUUGCAUUUGCAAGUAUAUUAAUUGGCAUGGGUGGAUCAAUAUUGUAUCCUGCCUUAAUAAGCAUCCAAAAUGAUUUAGAAACCACUGAAUUUCUUACAAAUUUUCUAAUUGCAAUAUAUCUUAUGUUCUUUGGAAUUGGGCAACUUGGAUGGGCAUCAUAUUCAGAUAUAUUUAAGACUAGGCGUAAGAUGUUUUUGGGUUCUUUUUUAGUAUAUUUAAUUGCAAGCAUAAUCUCUGCUGUUUCCAAUAGCAUUUGGUUAUUAUGUUUAAUGCGAGUAUUUCAAGCUUUGGGUACUUCAGCUGAUCAAUGUGUUGGAGCUGGCAUCAUCAGUGAUAUUUUUAUUCCAACUGGUUAUAUAGUUGGGCAAAUAACUGGUCCAGUAGUGGGAGGUUUUGUGACUGAAUAUCUUGGUUGGCAUGACCAUUGUAUAUAA